UUGACUACUUUUGGCCCUUCCCAGUGGGCCUUGUCACCAGUCUGAGCAACUGAUGGGGAGCUGUUUCCGAUGACAUCACUCCCCAGGAUGCUCAAGUACCACUGUUAAUCAAGUCUGCCCACCUAAAGAUGGCCUGUACCCAACCUGGGAUGCAGCCCAGUGCCUGAGGUCCUUACCAUGGUGAUGAUCCUAAGGAGAAGCCUCAUCAACCAGGGAGCUGACUCUGUAGCACACAGGACCUUCAUCCCUGAACUGCACACACCAAAGAUGAGUCAAGGACCUACCCUCCUCUCCUGUGGAAUUAUGGAAAAUGACAGAUGGCGAGACCUGGAUAGAAAAUGCCCUCUUCAGAUUGACCAGCCAAGCGCCAGCAUCUGGGAAUGUCUGCCUGAAAAGUGUCAGGAUGGCUCUCUGUGGCACCAGGAGGCGGUGACUGCCUGUGCAGUGACCAGUCUAAUCAAAGACCUCAACAUAAAUGACCACAAUGGGAACCCCUCAGCUCCUCCCAGUAAACGCCAGUGCCGGUCACUAUCCUUCUCUGAUGAGAUGUCCAGUUGCCGGACGUCAUGGCGGCCCUUGGGGUCCAAAGUCUGGACUCCCGUGGAGAAGAGACGAUGCUACAGCGGAGGCAGUGUCCAGCGCUACUCCAAUGGUGUCAGCCCCAUGCAGCGGAGCUCUAGCUUCAGCCUCCCUGCCCGGGCUAAUGGGCUCUCGUCACCUUGCCACCAGUCAAGCCUGCACCACCGCUUUGGGGGACAACCCUGCAGAGGAGCGCCAGGCUCUGCCCCCUGUGGGCGGGUGGGGGAUAGCUGGAGCCCAGACCCACACCCUGUGGGAGGGGGCCGGCUGGACCUGCAACGGUCUCUCUCCUGUUCACAUGAGCAGUUUUCCUUCCCAGAAUACUGUCCCCCCUCAGCCAACAGCACACCUGCCUCAACGCCAGAGCUGGCAAGACGCUCCAGUGGGCUUGCCCGCAGCCGCUCCCAGCCGUGUGUCCUUAAUGACAAGAAGAUCGGUGUGAAACGGCGGCGUCCAGACGAAGUGCAGGAGCAAAGACCUUCGCUAGACCUUGCCAAGAUGGCACAGAACUGUCAGACCUUCAGCAGCCUCAGUUGCCUGAACAUGGGGGUGGAUGAGCACAGCUCUCAGAGCCCCUUUGCCCUCGUCAGCAGUACCCGAUCCUGGACCGCAUUGCUCUCAGCCUCCAGCCCAGGGGGCAGGACUCCUGCUGGGACCCCAGUUCCUGAGCCUGUUCCGGAGCCUGUCCCCCACUCCUUUGAUGACCAGUUUACGGGCCAGGAGGACCUAUCCUGUGAUGAGUCAGAUGGCUGCAGUCUGGAUGAGGAUUGCUGCAGGAAGGGGGAGCCGGCCACAGCCUGGCGGGACAGGGGGGCCUGCAGGAACAGCCUCUGCUCCCUGGACGGCGAGCUGGACAUUGAGCAGAUAGAGAACAACUGAGGGCCAUGGCCAUGGUCUGGGGAGGAGGCUUUCCUCUAGGCACUCCAGAGGGGCUCCUGGCUCCUGGGUCUGGCAAAAGCUCCCCGAAAAAGGAGCCCAGCCAUUUUCCAAGGAACCAGCCAGCACCCUGCAGUGCCCAAAUUUGUGAAGGCAACUUGGCUACACCUCACAGGCAGCAGCUGGCCUCCCACCAGUUCCAUGGAACUACUGUAGCCCAAAAACAGGCUUUCGGUUUGCUCCUCCUCUUUGCUCCUUAUGGAGUGCUGGGUAGCCACUCUCCAGCAGGGCUGGGCCAGCUGCAUCCUUCAAGCAGGGUGCUAGGGGCCUUAGCACCCUUAUAGCCCCGCUCAGGCUCCUCCUGAGGAGUUACCCAAAGCCUCCUUUACUUAGUUUACUCCGUGCCUUCUCUCCCAGGUCUCCCUGGCCCAGGCUUGGAAAGGUUCGGGAGACACCUCUUGUAGUGACAGCAGACCGUGUGGCCUUAAUCCAUUUGGGGCACUGGCAGGGAUUCUGGGAUAAUCCAUGUCCCAUUUUUCGGGAUCAGGGGAUAGGUUAGGGAUGACCAGAAGCUAUCCAUACUGGGUAGGCAUUCGGUGGUUGUGUUGACUGAAAGGUGGGCCUGUCAGCUCUCCCACGGCACCAAGAAUCACCCACAUCUCUGCCACCUCAGGGGCUGCCUUGGCAAGGCUGGCAUUGGUAGCCUUCCUACUGCCUCCAGUCCCUGAGUGCUGAGCUCAGUGGAUUCAGUUAUGUAUAGAGAUGUCAGUGACAAGAUGACCUCUUCAUAGUGUCCUCAGGAUCUACAAGCAGGUGCAGGAGUCUUGGCCCGUGUACAUUCCUGGGCAGAGGGAUGUCUGCUGGAUGCUUGCAGGCUAGCCACUCUGCAGGCUUCCCUCUGUAGCAGUCAUGUUGGGGGCCUGGAAGCCUCCGCUGCAUUCCUGGCACAUUGUUGCUUGUUCACAGACACUGCUGGCUUUAAUGAAAGCAUACCGCCAUUGGCUUCAAGACACCCCAUCCCACCCCCCAGUCCACUGAUGUGAGCCCAGCCCUGAGGCUCUCCUCUGCAGGCCCAGCCGAAGCAUGGCUUGAAUCACACUCCCGCGUGCAGCUCCUCACUCCCAGCAUAAUUCCCAGAGGGCAUCCGUUCAGGCAGCUCCCUCAGUCCUCCCUGCAGACAUGCUACAGGGCUCUGCACUUUGGGACUCUGGCUUUUAGCAAACUUGGCAUCUUCUGCAGACAAUAGCAAGUGGGCUGGCUUACACAAGUGGCUUGUUUUCCCAUACGGCUAAAAAUAACUGGUGCAUUCUCUUGGGUUCUCGGACAUGUGAUCUAGGCACGUUUGUAGUUGCUCUGCUGUGCCUACCCUCGAGGUUUCAUCCUCUGCUGGCUGAGCCCAAAUGGUUGUUACCUUUCUCCUAAAGACCUCAGUGGGAAUCCUUUGUUUAAACUUUAAUUUGUCUAUUCACCAGAAGAACAGAGGCUCAAGUUCUGAUGUAUAGGCAACAUUUCUUUAAAAAGAAAGACCCAAAGGUACAGAAAGCCCCCCAACUCCAAUAACCCCAGGUCAGGUAGCCUGGUGAAUACAUGUGGUGGUGGUAGGGGGUCCAGAUGGCCUAGGGGGCACUAAAAAGGCAAAGUAGAAAGCUAGUGAAUGCAUGACAUAGAACCCUGCCGGGUGGGUCACAGAGGGAGGUAGUUAAGAGGGUGUGGGGUGUAUACACCAGUGCCCUGUUCCCCAGAAAGCCCACAGUGGAUGAUUUUGUUAUCUGAAAUAACUUCAUCAUGCUUAAAGCCAUCCCCAGGGAAAAGAGAGGCUGGGCCCUGUCCCCUGGUCUGCUUCACAUAGCCUGCUAAGGCCAAAGCAUAGGCCGGUUGCCAGCUGCCUCCCCUGGGGGCUGGGGCCAGGGGCUCCUGGUGGCAGGUGUGUGUCCUAAGGCUGUUGCGUGGAUGACUUAAUCUUAGACUAGCUCCCUUGAGCCUGGUGGCUGAAGGACAAACAGGAACUUGCUGAGUGACAGCUUAUCUUUCCUUCCUGCCUCUAGGAGACUGUUCCCCUGGGCAGAAAUGUUCCAAACCUGGGGUAGGCAUUGGCCCUUUCUAACUUCCUCAGCUUCUCUUGACUGCCCCUGUCUGGCUAAGGCCUCAGCCCAAGCCCCCAGCAAAAGCAGCCAGAAAAGAUGGCGGUAGCUUUUCUGUCCAGUGUGUUCAUUUGCUGAUGUUCUUUUCAUCAAGCAAAGCAGAUUUUGUCUAAAAGGUUUCUAGUCACUAUUAGCAGUCACGUGACCCAGACAGACCCACUCAUGGACCCCACUCACUGGCCCCUCACCUCUCGUCUUGGAUAUCCUGGAGGAAGGUUCACCUGGGAGGUCGCUCUGGCUCCCAUAUACUCGGUACCACAGGCAGCAGGCAGGCUGGCUUGCCUCACUGGGAUCCCUGGCUUCAGUGCAGGCAACAGCAAAUGCCAUCCCCUUGAGAGGCUGAGGGUGGGCUUGUUCGCUCACUCGUCCAGGCAGCCUGAAGGUCCAGAGCAUCCACCGAAGCCAACUGGGACCCAACAGGGCCUCUGAGCACAUGACUCCCGUUCACUCCAGAGGCCGCCACCGACACAGUUGCUGGGAACCUGACCUGAGUUCAGGGCAGCAGCCUAGACAGUUUACAUGACUGCCCACUCUUGCCUUACUCAUGCGUGGUGAAGGUAAAAGCUGGCCAGCACCUCGGGCUCCUGUAGGCCUGUAACUUGCUCUGCCCACACAUGCAGAUGCAUAUUCUCAGAAAGCCUUACUUUAAAAAAAAUUUUUUUUUUUUUGUAGCAGGGAAGUUUUCUAAAUUUGUAUGCAGAAAGAAAAGUUAAAUAAAAGAAAGGUCCACAUUAAACAGGAAAUGCCCCCACCACAAUUUCUAGAUGAGUCUCCUAUGCAGACCAAUGGCCAUACUUUUUUAUGGGUUCAUUCAAUGUCCACAGCAGUUAGAACUCACCCCUGGAUCCUGUACCCCAUUUCCACUGACAUGGUUAAAAUUACUUGAAUGAUGGCCACUUAAAAAUGUAAGCCAGGUGCCAGGGCUCAGGGACCCUCUGCCCAUACAGCCCCUGAUGCUGCUCCUUGCCAUACCCAUGCCACUGGUCCGACCCCGCCCCGCCCCGCCCCGCCCCCAGUGCCACCCUGAAGGAGGAAGGGAAAGAUACUUUAAAUUGCAGGCUGAUGGGGCUCUUUAGGCUAGGUAGGGUAGCCUGACAGUAGCAUAGUCUCAUUGGCAAAUGAAGUGCGUUGUCAGUGUUGGGGGGUGCCCAGGGGUCAGGGACAGAUGGACCUGCAGGCUGUGCUAGGGCCACGUGUGCUGUCCCAGCCAGGCAGCAGCAGCGGUACUGUUUCAGGCAGUGUGGUGGACGGACGGUGCGGUGGUCAGGCCCCCACCAGGACGGCAGCCCAUGCUGGGUCUUCUCACUAGCACCGCACACCACUGCCUGCCUUCCCCCACAGGCCGCGACUGUCUUGCACUACAGCCGCUCUAGUCUCAGGAAUUUGCUUGUUACUUUUACUGUGUAAAUAAAGCUUCCUGGUUCAACACCC